AUGUCGUUGCUCUUCCAGACCGGUCGAGUCGGCACAUCUUCCGCACGACCUUUCACUUCUUCCAGCAACCGACUCAACGCCACUUCCAAAGUAUCUGAUUCCAAGUCUUCCGCCGACAAUGCAAAGUCGGAAGCAGAAACCGAAGACUCGGACGCUCCGCCACCUAAAGCAUCUUUCCGCGAACGACUCAAGUUCCUCACCCGGCGCUACGGCUGGUGGGCCCUCGGCGUCUACCUCGCCGCCUCCGCCGUCGACUUGUCCCUCACGUUCGUCGCAAUCCACCUUUUGGGAGCAGAUCACAUCCGCUCCCUCGAAGCGUCGCUGCGCAAAUCCAUCGGCCUCGAGCAACGCUCCCCCGACCACGACGACGACGGUACUGACAGCAGUACCAAAGCAAGUGGAGGAGGCAACAGCACCAUCUGGACCGAAGCUGUCUUGGCGUAUACUAUCCACAAGACGCUCUUGUUGCCCGUGCGAGUGGCGUUUACGGCGGCGGUGACCCCCAGCUUCGUCAAGUGGCUCGUGAAGAUGGGCUGGGCCAAAGCGAAUCACCAGGUAAAAGCGCAGGUUGGGCGCAAGGCUGCGGAUAAGGCGAUUCAGGACGUCGUUAGGCGCAACGCUGCAAAAGAGACUGCUAAGCAUCAGUAG